UCGAAAGCUCAAAUUUGCUCGAGGAGAAGCAGCGUUGCAGAAUCGUGACGCAACGACAAACGCCACAGCGCUAUGAGCCUUCGGACACCGAGAUCUCGACGACAGCGAGUGGUUAAUGACAGCCACCCGGGGCUCCAAUCGCCACGGUGAGCUCGGCUCGGACUGUUUUGGCAACAGCACAGGUUGCUCCGCAGGCUGAUUCUCUCGCCGCCUGUAAAAUAUGCGCAAAAAUCCACCCGCCUCGUUGGCAAUGGCCGCAAUGCCCUUCAUCAGCCAGUAGGAAAUCAUCGCAAUCGCUAGCACGAGUGCAGAUCGCUUGAUGCUUGCCCAGCCCGGCCUCGCACUGGGACUGUAGGGCGUGAGCACGAUACUCCCCCGAUCUGACGACGGUCGAGAAUCAUGGGCCCGUGGGAAGGCGCGAUUUCUGGCCUAGAGCUCAAAGACGAGCCGAGUCAAGCUCGGAGACUGAAACAAUCCUCCCCGUCCGCACAUCCGUCCAUGCAGCAUCCAUCAGGCGGUGGCCGCGAGCAGCCACCGAGAGAAUUUUAUGCCGCACGGAAUAUGGCGACGUGUGCGUGCCCUCCUGCGCGGGGGACUUCGAUCGAUCCAUCGAUCGCCCGCCCUCACGUUCGGGUGCAAGAUUUGAGCGAGCGAGCGCAGAACGAGCAGUGCUUCUCAAGAAACAGCAAAUUGGACCAUCACGUUUGAACUGGCCUGUGUCCGAACGGCCUCGCGGCCUGGCCCUUCCGAUCGUCCUCCCGCCCCCGCCCCCGCCCCCGAUCCCGACCCCAAUGCCGAACCGCUUUGUCUCGCAGGCCGAUAUGGUUUCCUUUAUCUUGGCACUGCGGCCUUGAGUUGUGCUUGCAAUCGACUCGCGUCUGGCUCUUUUCCUGCCCUCCCUCCAUCCUCGAAUUCUCAGCCAAAAGGCUAGGGAAGGAAAGGAAGGGAAAGGAAAGGAAAGGAAAAGAGGCGACAGAAGUCAGAGAUCGUUGACAGGGACGUGUCUAAGGCAAGGCAGAAAGAAGGAAGGUUAGCAGCAAAGAGGCCGAGAGCGAGAGCGAGGGAUAGGGAGAGGGAGAGGUCGGACGGAUUAGAGCAGGCGUGGUGAAAAUGAUCCUCCUCGACGGAGCGCCCGUCGUGGAUAAGCGAAGCAAAGUGAAGGCUACUGAUGUGCUGAGGAAGCUUUUGGAGCACCCGCAUGUGGUCGAGUCGGCGAAGAAGUUGAAGGCAGCUAAAGUUGUCGUCAUCCAACCUCCCACUCCUUCCGGAAAUAUUGAUGACGAACCCAGUGAGGAAACUCAUCCUGCAGAUUCCAGAUUUGUGUACGUUUUCCAGAAAGAAUAUGCAACCGUCGACCCUGCGACCGUCCAGCUGGUGGGGACUGAUGAGGUGACGACUUGUAUCGGGCUCGCGAUCCGGAAUCCAGCCACUGGAAUGACCAGCGUAGGCCAUUUCGAUAGUGCAGAGUAUGCAGCGAAAGGAGUGGAGCAGGUGAUCGCCAGUCAUGGAGUGAGGGACCCCACUGUGUUCCAGGUGCAUUUAGUAGGGGGGUAUGAUGAGACCCGUGAUCUUUACGAGUCUGAAUUCAGAGACUCUCAAGGUGAUGAACUUCAGUCUCGUUAUUCCCUUCCUCUAUCACUGAAGAUUGUUCAGACUCUACAAAAGUCUAAACACAUGUUUGAGAUAGGAUAUCUCUGCAUACUUCAGCUCAACACCAUCAUGGGAGCAAAUGAAUAUGCUUGUCCAGCUGUUCGUGGUUUGGUGGUGGAGACUAAGACAGGAAUAGUCAGGCCAGCCAAAUUUCAGGGAGGAGCUCGAGGUCCAGAUACGACAGUUAGGCUGGUAUGCACAACAACUGUCUCGUCUGAUCCUAGUUGGGAUACAUCAUUGCUCUCACCAUAUCAAACCAAUUCCGACUCAUACAUCAUCAAACCGAGCAAAUGGAGUAGAGUAUUCGAAACAUAUGCUCGCUAUAUGCUAAGUUUGAACGAUGAUGAGUUUCUGCAAACUUUCUCCACAUCACCAUACGCCGAAGGCCCUGACUUUCUAGAAAACUGUAGAAGGGUUUUCAACUUCAUGCUCAAGUCUCCUGACUGGCGAGAAACUUUUCCAAACGGAAAACCCCGAGUAUUUACACGCGCAGAAGAGGGUGGCUGGGUACAACUUACAUCGUGACGGCUUUAUAGCUACAUCACAACUGCCAACUACGAUUGCUUCGGGUUCCCACCAUCUUUAGAUCAAGUUGUAGAAUACAUAUUACUUAGCUCAACUGAGAAGCUGUUGGUGCGGAAAGUUAUAUCCUUUUACAGGGUUAUGAUGUUUUCUUGAUCUAUGCAUGUUGAGAAUAUGUGAUCAACUGUACAAUUCGCCUGGACAACUCAAGUGAAGUAACAUUUUCGAUAUUUACUAAAUUUGAGAUCUUGUCCGACUCUGGUACUCACCUCAAAGAGAAAUAGCUGUUUGUAGAUUAUUAAUUAAUUUAUCCGGUAUGCAAGAGAGAGGAAUAUCUGUAAACGUGGAAAGCCACGAAUCCAAAUUCUCCGUGAACCCAAAAUUUCUUACCUGAGUAAGAACUGGGCGUACCAUAGCCCGUGCUUAACAGAACAUAUUACUGGCUGUAGAUAUCGUAUUCAAUUAUGACUUACUAAGAAG